GGAAUUCUGGGAAGAUUGGAGUGACAUUCUUACUUCCGGUUUGUUGUGUUCAUCGAAACUGACGUGGCAGUAGAGGUUUUUGUCGUUUAUUUUAAAAGAUACACGCGUGAUCUAUUACAACUUAGCUAAUUUGUAUUCUGUGCAUCUUCAUUAACUGAAGAAAGUUCCGGUUCAACGUAAUCAAGAUGGGUUUGACGUUGUCUUCUGUGUUCAACCGCCUGUUCGGCAAAAAACAAAUGAGGAUUUUGAUGGUGGGGCUAGACGCCGCUGGCAAGACCACCAUUCUGUACAAGUUGAAGUUGGGAGAAAUCGUCACAACCAUUCCAACUAUAGGAUUCAACGUAGAGACAGUAGAAUAUAAGAACAUCAGUUUCACAGUAUGGGACGUUGGUGGUCAGGACAAAAUCAGACCCUUGUGGAGACACUACUUCCAAAACACACAGGGUCUCAUAUUUGUGGUUGACAGCAACGAUAGAGAGCGUGUUCAAGAGGCUAGAGAGGAGCUCAAUAAAAUGCUCGGUGAAGAUGAGCUACGAGAUGCAGUAUUGCUGAUAUUUGCCAACAAGCAGGACUUACCGAACGCCAUGGCCAGCUCUGAGAUCACGGAGGCUCUCGGACUAAAUACAAUGAGAAAUAAAACUUGGUAUAUCCAGGCAGCCUGCGCAGUGCAGGGUCAAGGUCUGUACGAGGGCUUGGACUGGUUAUCUACGCAGCUGUCUAGUCGAUGAGGGGCUAACAGGCACUGAUUCUGCACUAUUGAAAGACAGACAUUUAUAAAGUCAAAAUUUAGGGAAAGAUCUAGAGCUCUAUUACAGGGCACUGUGCCUGGCCCCUUUGUGUUGAAAACAGAGCAGCCCUUCUAAGCUGGUCAACAUAAAAUGUAAACAUAUUUUCAAACUUUUAUAAAUAUACUAAUAACAGGAUUCAAUGACACAUUAGUCUCAAACCAGCAGACGAUUAAAAACAUGAAUAUAUGGACAUAAUCAUUACAACCAUAGGUUAAUUCAAUUAUAAUAAAUUAUCAGCAAACAUGUAUUUUGUUCAGCUGUUUUUUAGCAGCGUUCUUUAAAUCAUUUGCGUAAAGCGUCAGCUCAAAUUAGCCUGUGCAAUCUGCAGAGGCUAAUCAGGGACUACACUUUCCACUUUUAAGUUAUUUUUUUGUUUUAAGGAAGUCUCUUCUAAGCGAAAUCCACUUUAGGCGGAAAGUGUCUUCCCUGAUAAGCCUGUGGUGACACUUAUCGCACAUGCAUUAAGCCCUGUUUUCCCAGACUGAGGCUCAUUUUGAGCAGUGCCCUUUAGCUUUCUGGGUCCUAGAUCUGUGCCCUUUAGCUUUCUGGGUCCUAGAUCUUUCUCUACUUAGAAUAAACUAUGGGAGCUGUGGGGAUAAAACAUGUGUUGCUAUGGAACUGUCUUGUUCCUCUUGUACGAAAAACACAUCUAUAAAGUUACAAUGUUGUUCCUUUUCUUUGUUUUAAAUUGAGAUAUGUUUAUUUUACACAUUAUGCGGAAUAUAAUACAGCACUAAGUAGGUUUGGAGAUACCAAUUGCUAGAUAUCUGUUGGAAUUGUUAAUGUGGUUUAGCAGAAAAAUAGGCUUUAACACUGGAUUUGCAUUAUUGGUUACUUUCUUGUGCUUUUUUUGUGGUCUGAAUUAUAUAAACUUCAAAAUCAAAGUGGCAGUGAUGCUUGGAAAUAAUCUACUUGUCUCGUCAUGAGAUGGGGUGGUUGAAUUCUAACAAAUUGAAAUUGAUUUAAACUGCCGUGCAGGGAUGUCCAUUGAAUUUGUUUGUAUGUAUUUGUAUAAAAAUUUAUUUUUUUUAAUUUUCAACAACAAAAUAAUUAUGUUUUGUUUGUUUAAAAUCGAGGUCAUGCUUACAGUUAGUCAUAUAUAUGUUGUACAUAAUUAUGGUCUAUUAUUGCAUAUAUUUGUUUAUAUGGAGCGACCAAAAUUGAAUAUGAUUUACAGUUGCAUGUCUGUGUUAUUUAUUAACUCCAUGUAUAAUUAAUCGCUUGUGGUAGAAUAUGUGAGAAAUCAAAUAAUACCUGUAGUUUUCUUACAAUGUUUUAUUGUAUGGUUGUUUUGAAAAACAGUAAUACUUUCACUAUUGUGUUCUUUUGACACUGCAUGUAUACAUUUGUAAUCCUGUCAAAAAACAAACUUUGUGAUAAGCAUACAUUUAUAAAAAAUGCAUUUAAUUGAAACAUUUAAGUAUUUUCUUUCCUUUACUUUAAAAACUAACGAGUCAUUUGUUUUCCAGCCUUGCAGAUUGGUGGCAUAAAUAAUGAAUCAAAUUUAUAAAUAUAUUUCUUUCUGUUUUAUUUUAUUGCAUUAUAUGGGACUCAAAAAUUGGUAAAUGGGUAACUUAUUUUAUACCAUUUAAAUAACUGGAACAGAUUUGUUUUUUUUCAAUAUUUGGGACAAUUAUUUCCUUUUUUCUUAGUAUGUUAGUUGUAUUUUUGUAAAUGCUGUAAAUUGUUGCUUGUCAAUUGGUUUUCAAUUUAUAUGAAAGAACUUUGGUGAAUGGCAUCUUUCAGAGCAGCCUUCAGUGACUUCUAAUCAUACUGACAGCAAAUUGGAUUCAAAUAUCUAUAGUUUAAUCUUCUUAAAUAGGGAUUGACUUAAUUAAAGUGAUAUUAUGGGCAUCUAACAGUUUAUAGGUGUCUAUCGCAACCGUUGUUUAUUUUUUUGUUUUUUCACUUCAUUUGUUAAUGCAGCAUCAACAUACUAAAACAAUAUCCCAGAAAAAGAAAAAUAAUGCAUUUGAAUAUCAACCGUACUUUCGUUUGACAACUGAUCACGCAUGUACAAUGUGAACCUAAAUUUAGUUUUAGUGCAAAUUCGUUUAUACGACACAAAGACACAGUUUUGUUUUACGGAUCAUUUCGCUUACAGGACUGGGUGGGUCACGUAAAAUAUUGAAUAUAAAAUAUACUUUUAUAAACAACUGGUAGCAAGAUAAGUUGCCGAUAAUUGGUCAGUAACCACAUUUUAACUUACUCUUUUGACCUGUUGAUUCUUUUCAGCUCAAUUCAACAGUGAGAAAUGCCCAUAAUAUCACUAAAAAAUCUUACAAGUGUGGGGAAGGCGGUAUUUAUUUUUUACGAACAUCUUUUGUGUUUAUUGAAAUACUAUUCAAAAUUGUUAUAUAUCCCAAUUUCGUGGUUCUGAGAUAUGCAGUAAAAUGUAUUUGUAUUUAAACUUACUUUCAGUCUAAAUCUAAUUACUGUAAUAUUUUAGCACAAGUGUGUCUGUAAGUAAAUGUGUGCUUGGUGGAUAUUGUUAGAAAAUAUGGAAUUGUGUGUGUGAUACAUAUUUUGUUUGUAUUGCAUUAAAAAAGAAGUCAUUAA